AUGAUUGCAGGAGAGAAGUCUCUUGCAGACUCGCCGAAGGAGCAACGACCCCGGAAACUCUCAGGCAAAAGGACUGUAAUCAUUGUAAAACCUCUGGAGAGAAGUGUUACCUCUGCCUAUGAACUUGCUCAAUUAGGUUAUCAAGUUACUGUUAUUGAUAAACAUUUAUUUCCUGCUAUGGAAACAUCAUUUGCCAAUGGUGGACAAUUGUCUGCGUGUAAUGCUGAAGUGUGGAAUCAAAAAUCCACCGUGUUAAAAGGCAUCAAAUGGAUGGCAAAAAAAAAUGCACCAUUAUUGCUCAAUCCGUCUUUUGAUUUGCACAAGUAUGCAUGGCUGGUCGAAUUUCUUGGCAACAUCAAACACUAUGAAGAAAAUACUCAAAAUACAGUGAAAAUGGCACUUUUAGCACGUCAAAGGCUAUUUAAUAUUGCUGAACAAGAAGGCAUUGAUUUUGACUUGGAAAAACGAGGCAUCUUGCAUUUCUAUCAUUCUGAAUAUGAUUAUAAAGUUGCAACUAGUGUAAAUGAAUUGCUAUGUAAAGGUGGUCUAGAACGCCAUGCAGUGACCAAUGAAGAAAUUAAAUCCAUCGAACCGAGUUUAAUGGGUGAAUACUAUGGUGGUUUUUAUUGCCCAGGUGAUGCAACUGGUGAUAUCCAUAAAUUUACUACUGGACUUGCCAAAGCCACUGAAAAAUAUGGGGUAAAAUAUUUAUUUGGUAUGGAAGUUGUUGAUGUAGAGCACACAGCCAACGGGGUGAAUAUUAAAUACCACUCAAGUGUUGAAAACAUGGAAGGCAGCUCAGUAGCAAUCGAACAACUCAGUGCAGAUGCCGUGGUGAUUUGUGGCGGUGUUGGCAGUUAUCAAUUGGCCAAUCAAUUGGGCGAUCGUGUGAAUGUUUAUCCUGUAAAAGGCUAUUCAAUCACCGUACAAUUGGAUGAUGAAAAAAGUAUCAAUGGCGCACCUUGGGUCAGCUUGCUCGAUGAAAGUGCGAAAAUCGUCACGUCACGAUUAGGUGCCAAUCGUUUACGUAUUGCAGGAACCGCUGAAUUUAAUGGCUAUAAUCGAGAUAUCCGCUCAGAUCGUAUCCAACCUUUAACAGAUUGGGUUAAUAAGAAUUUCGAUAUUUCAACCGAGCAUUGUAUCCCGUGGGCGGGAUUACGUCCGAUGAUGCCGAAUAUGAUGCCUGUGGUAAAACGUGGAAAACGUGAACGGGUAUUUUAUAAUACAGGGCAUGGACAUUUAGGCUGGACGUUGUCUGCUGCAACAGCUGUGAUGAUUAGUCAGGAAAUUGCAAGCUCGCAUCCGAUUUAA